UAACGUCUUUUGUUUGUUUCCGUCUCCGCUCAAAUACACGACGAAUACAGAUCUGGAGGAGGAGAAGCACAAGUUGAGAUCGAAGCUUUUUCUCCAGAUCAAUCCGGCGAUUUGAGCCGCUCUUGCAUUUUCCAUCCUUCGAUCUGGAGCCUUUACAGGAUCCGCCGCAGACCACGGCGUCCUCCGGCACCGGCAACGGCAACGGUAAGAUACGGUACCGUUCGCCUUCCUCCACUGAGCUCCUGGAGUCCGGUACUGCCACCGUUUCUCCUCCUUCCUCCGACUCUCAUCAGGGUCUUCUCUCUGACGACGGAGGGAAGAUGGCGGCUAAGCGCGGGAUUGGACGCCACGACUCUCUUGCUGACAAGAUCCAACGCCAUCGCGGUGUUCUGCUCGUGAUUUCGGUUCCCAUUGUGCUCAUCGGACUCGUUCUUCUGCUAAUGCCUGGGAGAUCGACAUCUGACGCCGUCGUCGAAGAGUACACGGUGCAUAACCGUAAGGGAGGCCCGAAUUCUAGGGGUCCGAAGAAUUACGCCGUGAUUUUUGAUGCUGGGAGUUCUGGAAGCCGUGUACAUGUUUACUGUUUUGAUCAGAAUUUGGAUCUUCUUCCUCUCGGGAAUGAACUGGAGCUCUUUCUACAGCUAAAACCAGGGUUGAGCGCAUAUCCUACUGAUCCCAGACAAGCAGCAAACUCAUUGGUAUCUCUUCUUGACAAAGCAGAAGCUUCUGUUCCCCGUGAGUUGCGUCCGAAGACACAUGUCAGAGUUGGGGCAACUGCAGGUUUGAGGACGCUGGGUCAUGAAGCAUCUGAGAACAUUUUGCAAGCGGUUAGGGAACUCCUGAGAGAUAGAAGCAUGCUAAAAACUGAGGCAAAUGCUGUUACUGUGCUGGAUGGUACCCAGGAAGGUUCUUAUCAGUGGGUGACAAUCAACUACUUGCUAAGGAACUUGGGAAAACCAUACUCAGAUACGGUCGGAGUGGUUGAUCUUGGAGGGGGGUCUGUUCAAAUGGCAUAUGCUAUAUCCGAGGAAGAUGCUGCAAGUGCACCAAAACCAUCAGAAGGAGAGGAUACAUAUGUCAGAGAAAUGUAUCUGAAGGGACGGAAGUAUUUCCUCUAUGUUCACAGUUACCUACAUUACGGAUUACUGGCCGCCCGAGCAGAGAUUUUGAAAGUCUCUGAUGAUUCAAACAACCCCUGCAUCGUGACAGGCUAUGAUGGUACUUACAAGUAUGGAGGAGAAGGGUUUAAAGCCGCUGGAUCGCAAUCUGGUGGGAGUGUAGAUGAGUGCCGGAGGCUAACCUUGAAUGCACUCAAAGUGAAUGAUACACUGUGCACACACAUGAAAUGCACGUUCGGUGGAGUAUGGAAUGGUGGUCGAGGUGGUGGCCAAAAAAAUAUGUUUGUUGCUUCUUUUUUCUUCGACCGUGCUGCUGAGGCUGGAUUCGUUGACCCGAAGCAACCUGUUGCUACAGUUCGUCCAAUAGAGUUUGAGAAAGCAGCAAAGAAAGCUUGUAGUAUGAAGCUGGAGGAGGGAAAAUCAAAAUUCCCACGUGUGGAGGAAGAGAAUUUGCCUUACUUGUGCAUGGAUCUCGUUUACCAAUAUACUCUGCUCAUUGAUGGUUUUGGAUUAGUGCCAUCACAGAAAAUAACAUUAGUGAAGAAGGUGAAAUACGGGGAUCACGCCGUGGAAGCUGCGUGGCCAUUGGGUAGCGCCAUAGAGGCCGUAUCCUCACCGUGAGGGGCAUUUUGGGAAUCACACAGGACAUAAUUCUUUUGAUUUCUCCCACAGAUUUUAUUUUAUUUUUCUCUCCCUCAAUUUUUAUCACCCUUAAAGCAGAAACAAAUACUCAUCAUUUUUAUUAUAAUAAUCGUAUUUAGAGAAAUGUUUUUGUCACUUAUACCUUAUUCAGAUCUUUGAUUUUUUUUUUUUGUAAAUUAGAGUAACCUAAACCUAAUUAUUCGGUUUGUUAUAUUUUUAUCAAGAUAUUGGAACAUUUUCAUCCUU